UAAAAAAACUAGAUUUAAUUUUUAUGUUUGGUUAUAGGAUUUGUGUGUACGAGGGUAUAUUCUGGGUUUCGAUAAUCGAUGCUCUUUGGUCACAAAAUUUCCCAUCUAUAACUCUUCUCAUCUUUAACUUCUAACUUCAUAUUCUUUGGACGAACUUUGGUUUUUUUUUUUCAACAGGAUAAAAGCAGAUUUCUGUUUGACUUGUGAACGUGCUGGGAAUUGUCAAUUGUUGUCCGUAAACGAUAUUAUGAACAAGAUGUGUCGAUGAUGGUGUUGAUGGUAGAUUAGUAGACAAAUAAUUCCACCUGUAACUGGAUAACUCUUGUUGAUGUUUUGAUCACUCUAUCACAUUAUGGAUUAGUGAGUAUUGAAUGAAUCAAUGGCCAGCGUUAUUUAUUUUCUUUAGGUGGUCAAGUGUGUUCUGGAGAGUGAAUUAGCUUUAGAGAAUCUUGCUCUUGAAGUGUACAUUUUGUAAGAUCACAAACAUACUUGGAGUGUACAUUUUGUAAUAAUGGAAGUAGCUAAUUGUCCACAUGCACAGAAGCAGAAUUUACAGGCAUCAGGCCGAAAAGUUAAUUCUGGAUCACAAAAAGAUCUGUGGCUUGUUGUGCGAGAUGGAUCUCUGAAUGAUGUAGAGUCAGCAUUAGCAUCACUAAAAAAGAGUGGUGGCAAUAUCAAUUUGAGGAACACCUUCGGGCUGACUCCUCUUCAUCUUGCAGCUUGGAGAAACCACAUUCCCAUUGUAAGGAGGCUUCUUGCGGCUGGUGCAGAUCCUGAUGCUCGAGAUGGAGAAUCAGGAUGGAGUAGCCUUCACAGGGCUCUGCAUUUUGGUCAUCUUGCUGUUGCGAGCAUCCUUCUUCAGCAUGGUGCUUCAAUUACAUUGGAGGACUCUAAAUCUCGAAUACCUGUAGAUCUCUUAUCUGGCAACGUGUUUCAGGUUUUUGGAAAUGAACACGAUUCAGUUGCUACCGAGGUAUUUAGUUGGGGAAGUGGUGCAAAUUAUCAGCUUGGAACUGGAAAUGCGCAUAUUCAGAAGCUACCAUGUAAAGUUGAUUCACUUAAUGGUUCGAUCAUUAAGCUUCUUUCUGCGGCAAAGUUCCAUAGUGUGGCACUUACUGAUCUUGGAGAAGUGUAUACUUGGGGAUUUGGAAGAGGGGGCCGUCUGGGGCAUCCUGAUUUUGACAUACACAGUGGUCAAGCUGCGGUCAUCACUCCCCGCCAGGUGACUUCUGGUCUAGGUUCUCGCAGAGUGAUGGCAAUUGCUGCAGCUAAGCAUCAUACUGUUAUUGCUACUCAGGGCGGCGAAGUGUUCACUUGGGGAUCCAAUCGAGAGGGACAGCUUGGGUACACUUCUGUUGAUACACAACCUACAGCUCGGAGAGUAUCUUUGUUGAAGUCAAAAAUUGUUGCCGUUGCUGCAGCAAACAAGCACACAGCUGUAGUUUCUGAUUUAGGUGAAGUUUUUACAUGGGGUGGCAAUAGAGAGGGUCAGCUUGGUUACGGCACCUCAAACUCGGCCUCUAACUACACCCCGCAUGUGGUUGAAUCCUUGAAGGGGAAGAUCUUAACUGGAGUUUCUGCUGCAAAAUAUCACACAAUUGUUUUAGGAUCUGACGGAGAGGUAUUUACCUGGGGUCACCGACUUGUUACUCCAAAACGUGUUGUGAUUACUAGGAACUUAAAGAAAAGUGGAAGCACUCCUUUAAAGUUUCAUCGCAAGGAACGACUUCACGUAGUUUCUAUAGCUGCUGGAAUGGUACACAGCAUGGCUCUUACAGAAGAUGGUGCAUUAUUUUAUUGGGUCUCCUCAGAUCCUGAUCUUAGAUGCCAGCAGUUAUAUGCGAUGUGUGGGAGAAAUAUGGUGAGCAUAUCAGCUGGAAAGUACUGGACUGCAGCAGCGACAGCUACAGGUGAUGUUUACAUGUGGGACGGGAAGAAAGGUAAGGAUAAGCCGCUUGUUGCUACUCGGAUGCCGGGUGUAAAGAAGGCUACUUCAGUUUCAGUUGGUGAAACACAUUUAUUAAUUGUGGCUUCCCUGUAUCAUCCUGUCUACCCUAUCGACAUGAUUGAUGAUUCUCAGAAGCUCAAGUCGAGUGACAUAAAUAAUAUGGAGGAGUUCAACGAAGACAUUUUAUUUGAGGAUACCGAUUCCCAUAAUACAAUAUAUACAGUUCAAAAUGAUAAUCUUAGACAGAGAUCUACACCCAGCUUAAAAAGUCUUUGUGAAAAAGCAGCAGCAGAGUGUCUGCUGGAGCCACGGAAUGCCAUACAAUUGCUUGAGAUUGCUGAUUCUCUUGGAGCAGAUGAUUUGAAGAAAUAUUGCGAGGACAUUGUCAUGCGCAAUCUUGAUUAUAUAUUUUCAGUUUCAGCACAUGCUGUAGCAAGUGCCUCACUAGAUAUUUUGGCGAGCCUCGAAGGGUUGUUAGACCAGAGAUCAUCCGAGGCAUGGAGUUACCGUCGACUCCCUACUCCAACUGCUACACUCCCCGUCAUCAUUGACAGUGAAGAGGAUGAUAAUGAGAUAGAGUGUCAAAAGACCUAUGACAAACCCAUGAAAAUAUCUGCACUGAAAUUGGAGAAAGCUCAAAGGUCAGGUUCCUUUCUACAGCCCAAGGAUGAUCCUGAUAGUGAAAUCUCCAAAGUAGUUCGAGCUAUAAGGAAGAAGUUGCAGCAGAUUGAGAUGCUCGAAACUAAGCAGUCUAAAGGACAUAUUCUCGAUGACCAACAGAUGGCAAAACUUCAAUCUAAGUCAGCACUUGAGAGCUCACUUUCAGAGCUAGGCAUUCCUGUCGAGACCUCACAGAAUAAAGAGUCAUCUUCUACACAACCAGAAGGGAAAGGUAGUAAGAAGGGUAAAUCAUCCAAAAAACAAAGGAGAAAAAGUGGCAACAAAUCAAGCAUAGAGCAGUCGGAUAUAGAAUCUGUUUAUUCUAAAAGUGAAAUGAUCCCUGAAUCUGAAGACCUGUUGGACAUGCCAUCUCCUAAUUCAAAGGUGGAAGAGGAUAUCUGCAAACAUUCCACAGCAGACCAGGUUGAAAAAGAUUUAGCUUUUGUUGUACAGAAGAAAGAUGCUUCAGAGUUGCUGAAGGGUAAGGGUCAGUCACCAAAGGUUUCCAAGAAGAAGAACAAGAAGGGUGGGCUUUCAAUGUUUCUGAGUGGUGCUCUUGAUGAAGUCCCAGAAGAGGUGGCUCCCCCUCCACCAACACCAAAAAAUGACGGUCCUGCCUGGGGCGGGGCCAAGUUUGGGAAGGGUUCUACUUCUCUUCGCGAAAUCCAGGAUGAGCAGAGCAAAAUAAUGGGUAACAAGCCACCCGGGGUUAAAGACAAGGUGGAAGAUCUUUCUGAUCUCGGCAGUUGCGGGAAAAUAAAGUUGAGUUUAUUUCUUCAUUCUAGCCCAAUACCUGUCGCCACAACUCGAAUUCCCCAGGCAUCUGAUGGAGAUAAAAAUACCCCUCCUUGGGCUGCUUCAGGAACCCCUCCUCAACCAUUUAAGCUGUCUUUAAGGGACAUCCAAAUGCAACAGGUAAAGAAACAAGCCCUCUCCAGUAGUCCAAAGACUAAAACUGCUGGAUUCACUAUAGCAACUGGCCAAGGCUCCCCAUCCGAAGCAACUGGGAUGAACCGUUGGUUCAAGCCCGAAAUUGAUACACCAUCCUCCAUUCGUUCAAUUCAAAUUGAGGAAAAAGCUAUGAAAGAUCUUCGACGCUUCUACACCAGUGUCAAGAUUGUCAAAAAGCAAUGUUAAGUCUGUUUCUAGUGAUCACUGUCUGACCCUGGACUCUACCCUUUUCUUGCUCCAAGCACAUGACUGUAAAUUAGUCUGUAAAGAGAUAGUUUUAGUGUACAUUCUCCCAACUAGAAUUGUAUCAUAUGAUCAAGUUUUUUACAUUUAUCAUUUCAAUGGUGUCUCAAGUUGGAGACUGGUCAAUAAUUGGAGCGAGCUAAGUUGCAGUCAAGGGUAGACAUGGUUUACAGAUUUUCCUUAAGUUACUUCCAAUGGCUCAAGAAUUUCAGAAUAAGAGGAUACACUCAUUUCCAUAAAUAAGGGCUUUGUAUUUUCCCCUACAUUGGGUAUAUUUUGAUUUAUAUCCCAAGUAAAACAGUGACCCUUUUGUAGUCCCCUAAAGUUGUUCCAUUUAUUUGAGGAAUAUUAAGACUUUGGUGUGA